AUGAGCUCGAUACGAAACCCUGAAUCGUUUCCAAAGGGAAAGGUCGCGCGAGAUUUCAUAUCCACUCAUGCACCGGAGCAUCAUGAAGCGUUUCAGAGGCACGCCUACUUCGAUACCCAACGACAGCAGUAUGUAGAAUGGGCCCCACAUCGUGACUUGGCAGCAGCACUCGAACGGCAGAGGGGAAAUGGAGGCUUAUGCUUUGACACGACAGGGAAACACACAUGGACUGAUGUGCUUGAUGAGAUGAGCAGGGCUGAAGAAGAGUAUUUUGCUAAGGGCCGAGGCUCAAAGAACAUUGGUCGGAAAGCAUUCAGGAAAGCCGGAGACUAUGCUUCCGCCAUCAGCCCGUGGUUUAACUUGGUUCCGGAUGACGAUGGCAUGAAUGUUCUGAGUGGCGGUCUCAGACUUGUCUUUCAAAUUGCCAGGGAACAAGCCGAAGCCCGAGAAAAGAUCUUCAAAUCAUUCCGGGAAUUUGUAACAAUUUUCGACGCGACACAAAUCAAGCGGCAGCUUUUUAGGUCCAACGAAAAGCUCCGAUCGUGUGCAUUGGAUUUGUAUGAAUCUGUUCUGACCGCUAUUACGAAGCUGAUCCAUCGAUUAAACCGCCAUCAUUGGUGGGAUCGAACUUCAGCCUUAGCCUCGGCACCGAUCUCUUCAGCAGCAAUUGACGAAAUAUUAUUCGAUGUUGAUAAAAAGCUGAAUGACGUGCAUCGGUGUCUCGACAAUAUACGGGAUCAAAGGCUCAAUGCCGUUCACCAAGUUGUUGCCUCCAGUCAAACGGAGUUGCACGCGGUGCGUUCGAAUACCAAAACAAUUGAAAUCGAUGUCCGAAACUUGAACAAUAAUUUCAAUCACUUUGCGCAGCAAGCUCAAGUUGACCAAGGGAAAAUCGACAGCAUACAGAUUGGAGUUGAAAGAAUCAACGAAAAUAUCGAUCGCUUACUGACGGAACAUGCGCUUGACGCAAAAACUGGGCUGUACUAUAUGCUUUUGGAUACCAUUCGAGGUAGAGUAACAAUUUAUAUGAGCCUCUUUCAAGGUUGGCUUUCAAUUCCGAACUGA